AUGAAGGUCACUUUCAAGGACCUGAAGCAGCAGAAGUUCGUCAUCGAAUGCGAACCCUCUGAUCUGAUCUCCACUGUCAAGCAAAAGAUCUCGGAGGAGAAGGGAUGGGAGCCCAAGCUGCAGAAGCUGAUUCACGCCGGCAAAAUCUUGAAGGAUGAGGACACCGUCGAGUCCUACAAGAUCGAAGAGAAAGGAUUCGUCGUCUGCGUGGUGAACAAGCCCAAAGCUGAGCCCAAACCUGCCGCCGCCGCCGCCGCAUCAUCUUCUUCCAAUGUCCCCGCGACACCCGCCCCAGCUGCUCAAUCUUCCACGCCAGCACCACCGGCCGCCCCGGCCGCGACGACUUCUGCCCCGGCUGCCGCCGCACCUGCCACGCCUACUCCUGCGGCGCGGGGCUCUGAAGCCGCCUACAACGACCCCAACGCCUUAGCCUUGGGCGGUCAGCGUGCCGAGGCCAUCGCGAACAUGGAGGCAAUGGGUUUCGAGCGGUCCCAAAUCGAUGCUGCCAUGCGCGCCGCUUUCAACAACCCAGAUCGUGCCGUCGAGUACCUCUUGAACGGAAUCCCAGAAAACCUGCAACAAGAGCAGCAGCCCGCACCAGCCGCCCAGCCUGCCGCGCCCUCUGCCCCUGCCGCAGCUCCGGCUGCCGGAGGUGGUGAUGACAGUGUGAAUCUUUUCGACCUGGCCGCACAACAGGGACGAGGUGGCCCUGGCGGGGCUGGUGCCCGUGGGGCUGGCGCCGCUGCCGGGGCGGGAGCCGCUGCCGCCGUCGCCGCCGCGGCUGCUGGCGGGCAAGGACUCGGCAACCUGGACUUCCUGCGACACAACCCCCAGUUCCAACAGCUUCGCCAAGUCGUCCAACAGCAGCCUCAAAUGCUGGAGCCUAUCCUGCAACAGCUUGGCGCUAGCAACCCUCAGCUCGCCCAGCUGAUAGCCCAGAACCCCGAGCAGUUCCUCAGCUUGCUCGGCGAGGACGCUGACGACGAUGCGCCCCUGCCUCCUGGAGCUCAGGCUAUUGCCGUGACUGAGGAGGAGCGGGACGCCAUUGAGCGACUCUGCCGCCUGGGCUUUGACCGCGACCAGGCCAUCCAGGCUUAUUUCGCCUGUGACAAGAACGAGGAGCUCGCUGCCAACUUCCUGUUCGACCAGCCUGAUGAUGACGAGCCACCUAAUGCCCAGUAA